AUGGGUGGAUCCAAGAUUGGGAAGAGUUUUGUCACCAAGAGCAAUGUUUCCUUUGCGCAGUUCAAGUCUGGCAUUACCAGGGAACUUGGGAUACUUGAGACGGUAGUAUCCCUUUGCUACAAGCUGAGCUUUGCCAAAUCGGCACAUUCUCUUGAGCUUCUCAAGAACGAGGAUUGGGCCAGGCUCAUUGGAGAUGCGCGAUCAUAUCGUAACAAGCCAAAUACGCAGCCUAAUGGAACACAGGACGCAUGGACUCUAGAGCUCAGAGAGAUUGCGACUGUUGAUGACAAGCCUCAGGGCUCUAAACUAAGUAAGAAAAUUGCAAUGAGCCUACACAAUCAGACCCCUCCUGCCGAGGUGUCAUCUGCUGCGUUGGAGAAGAAAAUGGCAAUCAAUGCAAAGUUCCAGAAGCUCAAUGCAGAAUAUUUUUGUCAGGCACAUAGAGGAACCUACUGUCUCAUCCCUGACAAUGGGAUGGCUGCGACAUUCCACAAAUAUGACCUGAAAUUGGAGCAUCUGAAGAUGUCGGAGACAGAUAGGAAUAAGUGGGCAACUGCAAUUGCAAAUGGCACUGCAACUCUCACGACACCAAGUCGGACUGUCCUUGAUGGCAUCUGUGCUCAUGCUGCUGGAGCACUUGCAACCCGGAACUUGCUUCGAGAGGCAGCCAUUCACAAUAUACCACCUGUUCAGUCGCCUUCAAAAUAUGCCUAUACAUCUCAACGGCAGUGCGAUAUGUCAGUUCCACUCAGUAGCAGACAGGCAUCCCCAGUGCCAGUCAUUCCUAGUACAGUGCCACCAACACUGCAUGGUACCAGUUCUGGGGAUGGUGAAAGUCCUCUCUGCUCACUAGCGGUUCAAGAAUGGCUGAGGAAGCUCGACAACAAUCCAAAGCGCCGCCGUAGUACAAAGCUCUGGAUUGAGCUGAAUUUGAUCUUCACCAAUGAGGAGAUCGAAACUGUUGGGGAUCUACUGCACCAAACGAUUGAGAUCCUCCGCACUAUUGGCAUCAAGGCUGGUGCUGCUGGAAAUCUUCUCAGUUAUGCGCAGGAGGACGUCAGAAAGUCGAUCUAG